CCGUCCUAAAAACUCAAUGACACUUCCGAAAGAAAGAUGAAGUCAACAAAUCGACAAUUUCAUUUAAAACUUAAUCCAGCGAAAAAUUAUUUAACAAUGUGUUUACUAAAUUGCAUUCUCAUAUCAAUUGUAACAUUAACACAUAGUCUACCGAUCUCAACGACAUUGUCCAGUGCCAUAGAAAAACAUCCGAAAUAUCGAGAUACUUUACUAAAUGCUACAGUAGUUCCGUUUGUUACCGAAUGCAGCUCAACGGACAAACUAAAACCGCAGCAAGAAAUGUUGUGCGGGUCGUACUUUGAAAUGAUUGAAAAAUUGGACCGUAGCAACGUAAAAGGUUUAACUACUGUUGACGAAUUCACCAAAGCCAUGAACGCAUCCAAUCAAACCCAAAUCGCAGAAUUCUGUGUCACGUUUCCGGGCUACGUACCAAACAAUCCGAACGAAUAUCCCUACUCGCAUAUGUUGUACGACCGUCUACCUACCCUUUGUCCAGUAUUUUGUGUCGAUGACAAUCUGGUCAUGGUCAAACCGAUUUGUCAAGUAAGUGCAAUCGGAUUUCAACUAUCGAAUGUCGACAUACAACCCGUGCAACCAAUCAAUGCGGUCACCAAUUCUACAUUUAAUCAACUGUCAGUUGAAGGUAUUCGAAAUUUGGGUAAUGUACGUGCAGACUCUUCAUCAAAAUCAGAUAAAGCAUCCGGCAGCGUCAAGCCAGAUAAAGAUAAACUAUCGGCAGCUAUGCCGAUCAAUGCGAAUGAUGCUGAUGUUGCUAUAAAGCAAGUGGUUGAGGCAAUAAAUGCUAAAGCGAAGGUCGAUGAAGUCGAUGAAACGAUUCACGAAGAAAAGAUUGAUGGGCUCGAUGGAAAAGCCGCGAAAGAAGAUUCUAGUCCAAUUGCCGAGUCAGCAGUCGAAGGUUUACAAAAUAUGGACUUUGGAGAGGGUGAGGCAAAGAUUGACGUGUCAAGUGGCACUAAAUCCAAUCCAACGGCAACUGUCAAACAGGAACUGAAGCCAACUGCGAAAACGUUAAAUCCAAGCGAAAAUCCAAUUCCUAACGGGGAAACGGCCGAAAAACCAGUCAUCAAUGAGGAACACUCCCUGGUGGAUACUGACAUUGAUGAGGAUGUGGUGAAAGACGACGAGGAUAAGGAAAACUACAAAGUUGUCACCGAGGACAACGACGAUUUCGAUGUAAAUGAUGUGAACACCAAAGAUAAACUGGUCAACAUAAAUGACGACUCAAUCGAAACUAAUGAAGGCGAUGAUAUGAUGGACUCACAAGGUGCUCAGUCAGCUAAAUCACCGCCAGAACAGGCGCCAUCCAAUGAGCAAUUGCACAAUCAAGAAGAUCCAUUCACCGAUGAUACCGACUCAAAUUUCUUCACCUAUUUCAUGUUUCUACUGUUGGUGUGUGUCAUCGCGUAUGUGGUUUAUCACAACAAGUCGAAAAUGCUCGCUUUGUUGCUUGAAGGACGCCGUUCCAACACGAACGGAAGAAGUGGCUUAUCGCGCAGAAAGCAUACAGCUGCUUAUCGAAAAUUAGAUUCAAAUUUGGAGGAAGCAAUAACGUCGAGCGGUAACGGCAGAUCUACACAAGUCAUUUAUUAAGCUUCGUGGAGCAUGUGUGAGAGCGUGUGCGUAUUUUUUGCGAAUUUAUUGUUAAUUAUUUGAUUAAUUCCUGUUAAGUAUUUUGCAUUACGUACUUUUAGAAUAAAAAGAAAUUUCCGAGAAG